AUGGCUGCGUCGCAGAAGGAGAUGGAGGGUCGACUGACGGUGGUCGACGAACCGCUUGCGCCCGCGUGCAGUACACUCCGCAGCGAAACACAAAUCAACAGCACCGACAGCGAGCCCUGCUCCGAGAGGACAGGAGCUCACGCCGGCCUCGGUGUGCGCGGCGGAGAGGUGUCCGUCGCCACCGCCUGGGAGCCCGCCUUCGGAGACCCCGGCAGACGGUGGCUAUGCAAACCUCUGAGCCCGAAUAUGCCCAACCCUUUCCCGAGGUCAGCCCUCAUCCCAGAACAACCCAUUCCCCGAGCCACUCCAGGUGCUCUGUAUGCCCAGCUGUCCUAG